AUGUCCUUUGCCAAUUUCUCUCAGACAAGAAAUUCAGCACUCAAUCUAGAGAAACAAACAGAGAAUCUCUUAGCGCAAUACUCCAAGUACCAGCUGGCCACGUACAGCGACCUGGUGGUGGAGGAAGAUGAGUUGGUUGAUCAAAUCAAAGACGUGUUGGCGAAAAGAGACUCGAUCAUAGGCACAUUAAACAGAUUGAGUGAAAGUGACUUGAACAUCUCGACAUCAAAGUUGCAGCAGUUACAAAGACACAAGGAAGUAUUGAUGGACCACAAGCUCUCAUUCCAAAAGAUCCAGAAUAACAUCCAUGACGAGCGCAAUCGCAACAACUUAUUGCAUCUGAUCCAGUCAGACCUUUCGGCGCAUAAACAGAGAAACGUGUCUUCAGUAACAGAUAAUGACAAUGACUAUAUUUUGGAUGAAGCCAGACGAGUGGACAAUGCUAAUUCGUUUGCAGAUAGACUAUUGCAACAGGCUUUUGAAACUCGGGAUGAGCUUUACAACCAACGAGUAUUUCUUCAGAACGCCUCAAGCAGAAUACAGAAUACAUUGCAAACCAUUCCCGGAGUUAAUGUGUUGAUAUCGCGAAUCAACACGAGGAGAAGACGAGACACGCUCAUCAUGGCAUUUGUCAUAGCGACGUGCAUUAUAGGUUUAUUCUUUUUUGCUUAG